AUGCUUUUUAGCGGCCUUCGGGGCCGUCGGCUAUCGUUGGCCGUCGGCAUUGUUGGUGCCCUGGGCUUCAUGCUUCAGGGCUACGAUCAGGCUGUUGCUAAUGGCUUGUUGACGCUGGAUUCCUUUGUGAAAACCUUCCCUGCGAUAGACACUGUUAAUACAACUGGGGCGCAAGAGAGUCAUAACUCUACUAUUCAAGGAACGGUCGUCGCAAUCUAUGAAGUUGGAUGUGCCUUGGGGGCACUCUCAUGUAUGUAUCUCAGUGAUGGCAUAGGUCGGCGUAAGAGCAUUUUUGUGGCAGGAUGCACCGCUAUCAUUGGAAUCAUCAUCCAAGCGUCCCCUUUCACACUGGCGCAAUUCAUCGUGGGUCGUGUCAUCACUGGACUGGGAGUCGGCGGCUUCACCGCAACAAUCCCCAUGUACAUAUCCGAGAACAGCAGAGCAGAGAAUCGAGGAAGAAUGGUACUAUUGGAAGGAUUCUUUGCUAUUGGCGGUAUUGUCCUCGCGUCAUGGCUUGAAUUCGGCUUGUACUAUGUCCAACAGAACGACGUUAGCUGGCGCUUCCCAAUCGCGUUUCAGGCCAUCUUCGCUUCCGUCGUAGUCUUGACCAUCUUCUCUCUGCCCGAGUCACCUCGUUGGCUGGUCCGUCAAGAUCGCCUCGAGGAAGCUGCCAAUUCCCUUGCUAGGUUGGAGGACGUCGAGGAAAGCUCCGAGUCUGUCGUCUUAGGUCUCGAGACCAUCCGACAUUCUCUUCAGGAUGAAAGUGGAUCAGGACGAUCUCACAGUCCUUUUGCUUUUAACGACACCCGAAACUUCCACCGUACCUGUCUUGCUGUGGGUGUCAACAUCAUCGCCCAAAUGACCGGUGUCAACAUCAUCACUUUCUAUUCAGAUAGUACCCUUGAAAUCAACCUGGGGUACAGCGGGACCGUUGCCCGUGCCAUCUCCGGAUCUCUUCAAAUAUGGCAGUUUAUCUGUGCCGGAGCGGCAGUUUUCCUGAUCGAUCGGGUUGGACGCCGACGUUUAAUUAUCUUUGCCGCCCUCGGAAUGGCAGUAUCUCAGGUGUGUUUAGCCGGCCUUAACUCCAUCGUCGCCACCAGCAAAGCAGCCGCAUCCGCAUGCGUAUUCUUCUAUUUCUUCUCCUUCAUCUUCUUCCCUAUUGGCCUCUUUCUUGUCCCAUUCAUGUACGCCGCCGAGAUUGCCCCGCUACAAACUCGAGGCAAAGUCACGGCUAUGAGCGCUUCUGCGAACUGGCUAUUCAACUUCCUCAUUGCCGAAGUCACGCCCAAAGGGUUUGACAGCAUCGGUUGGAAAUACUAUUUGAUUUAUUUCUGUAUUAGUGCUGCGGGCUGCAUUAUCUUCAUCUUCUUCUAUCCUGAGACUAAAGGUCGUUCUCUGGAAGAAAUUGAUGAAAUCUUCAUACAGUCCAAGAGCGUGUUCGACACUGUGCGCAUUGCAAAGGAAAUGCCAUUUCAACUUGAUGUGUUGGCUACUGCCGAUGAGGCUCAUGGGAAACGAGAUGAGCAGUUUAUCGAAAAUGUUUGA